CUCUCUCAGAUCUGUUUUGACCCCAAAACCAAAGUAUAUCAAACUUUUUUCCCUUUUCAUUCAUUCGUAUUCACUCACCCCAAAUUAAAAACAAGAUUUUCCAUUUCCCUCUUCCUCGAUCCACACCAACCCAAAAGCUUUCAUCUUUACCGGUCAUGGACGGUGGUUCGGGUCAACCGGCGGCUGAUACAGAGAUGACGGAUGCUCCUGGUGGUGUUUCUGCCGCGCCUCCUUCUCAGCCACCGCCUCAGAUGCCUGGGAUUGAGAAUAUUCCGGCGACUCUUAGCCAUGGUGGUAGGUUUAUCCAGUACAACAUAUUUGGAAACAUCUUCGAGGUCACCGCUAAGUAUAAGCCUCCGAUCAUGCCCAUUGGCAAGGGUGCUUAUGGCAUCGUUUGUUCGGCUAUGAACUCUGAAACGAACGAGAGCGUUGCAAUUAAGAAAAUCGCUAACGCUUUCGACAAUAAGAUUGAUGCAAAGAGGACUCUCCGCGAGAUCAAGCUGCUUCGUCAUAUGGAUCACGAAAAUAUUGUUGCAAUCAGAGACAUAAUCCCCCCACCUUUAAGGAAUGUGUUCAACGAUGUUUACAUCGCGUAUGAGCUAAUGGACACUGAUCUCCAUCAAAUCAUACGGUCCAAUCAAGCAUUAUCUGAAGAACAUUGCCAGUAUUUUCUUUACCAGAUCCUCCGUGGAUUGAAAUACAUCCAUUCCGCAAAUGUUCUUCACAGGGAUUUGAAACCAAGUAAUCUCCUCCUGAACGCAAACUGCGACCUAAAAAUCUGCGAUUUUGGACUAGCUCGAGUCACUUCCGAGAGUGAUUUCAUGACUGAAUAUGUUGUCACAAGAUGGUACCGUGCACCAGAGCUUCUCUUAAACUCUUCUGAUUAUACUGCAGCUAUCGAUGUUUGGUCUGUAGGCUGUAUUUUCAUGGAGUUAAUGGACCGUAAACCACUCUUCCCUGGACGAGAUCAUGUCCAUCAGCUUCGCUUGCUCAUGGAGCUCAUAGGAACUCCAUCAGAAGAAGAGCUUGAGUUCUUGAACGAAAACGCAAAGCGAUACAUCAGACAGCUUCCACCUUAUCCUCGCCAAUCCAUCACCGAUAAGUUCCCGACAGUGCAUCCUUUAGCUAUAGACCUUAUCGAGAAGAUGUUAACAUUUGAUCCUCGACGGAGAAUCACAGUUCUAGACGCACUGGCUCAUCCAUACCUGAACUCGUUGCACGACAUAAGCGAUGAACCAGAGUGUACGGUACCUUUCAACUUUGAUUUUGAAAACCAUGCACUCUCAGAGGAGCAGAUGAAGGAACUUAUCUACCGUGAGGCGCUUGCUUUCAAUCCAGAAUAUCAUCAAUAGUUUGAAGAACAACAUUUGGGAGAUGAAGAUGAGACAUGGGUUUGGUUUUAUUUGGAUUGGACAACAUUCUUGAAAGGCGGAAAGAUCAUUGUUUGUCUUUUGUGUAUACUUGUGGGAGAUGUUUGAAUGGGAUGGGGCUCAAACUUUUUAUUUUCAGUCUUUUGGAUAAUUUCUUCUUUUUUCCUUUCCGUAUUUGUAAUUUGCCCUCAUUUUGUUGUUGCAGCUAUUAAGACUUAAAUUGUCUCAGAAAUAGUUUUCAUGUGCCAUGAUAGCCCACCUUUGGUCUCUA